GCGCGGCUCGUGACGUCACGCGCCGCCGCCAUUUUCUCGAACGGCUCUGACGAUCAACGGCGACGUUCGCGGCAGCGGCGGCCACCUCCACCACCACCACCACGACGGACUUCCUUUGGGACAAGCACACGGGCGUUGCGGCGCACAAGAUGCCUCACCCGAAAAGGUUUCGGUCAUCGGACCGAGGCAGCAGAGACAGUUACAGAUACAGAGACGAUUACAGCAGCCGCAAGAGGCAUCGGAGGAAAUCCAGUAGCAGGGAGCAUUCUCCAAGACGCAAUCGUAAUGACAGCUGCUACACAAAAUCGCAGCGUUCUUUCAGCUAUGUUCGUUCAUGCGAGCAGAGAAUGUAUGACGACAGAUACUACGCUGACUACAGAGGGGACUAUGUAAGGGAUAGAGGUGAGGGUUUCUACGAAGAGGCCUUCAAUUUACCCCCUCAGUCAUUCGAUUAUCGUCACCGCUCUCGUGAUUACGAUCACGACGAGAGCUACCGCAGCAGCCGGCGACGGCUGAGGAGGAGAAGACAUCGCACACGCUCGUACAGUCGCUCCUCCUCGCGGAGCAAGCAGAGCACCAGGAGGGCAAAGAGUGUGGAAGAUGAUGAAGAUGGCCAUCUGAUCUAUCGGAUCGGCGACUGGCUACAAGCGAGAUAUGAGAUCAUCAGUACCUUAGGUGAGGGUACCUUUGGAAAAGUGGUCCAUUGCAUCGAUCAUGACCGGGGGAAAGCAAAAAUUGCACUUAAAAUAAUAAAAAAUGUAGACAAAUACAGAGAAGCUGCACGGCUGGAGAUCAAUGUUUUGGAGAAAAUCAAUGAGAAGGAUCCACGAAAUAAAUAUCUGUGCGUACAGAUGUACGACUGGUUUGACUACCAUGGGCACAUGUGCAUUGCUUUUGAGCUGCUCGGCCUGAGUACAUUUGAUUUCCUCAAGGAGAACAACUACCUGCCAUACCCACUGCACCAAGUCAGGCUCAUGGCCUUCCAACUCUGCUACGCUAUCAAAUUUUUACACGACAACAAAUUGACCCACACAGACCUGAAACCGGAAAACAUUCUGUUUGUGGAUUCAGAAUAUGACAUCAAAUACAACCCACAAAAAAAGCGGGAUGAGAGAACUGUGAGAAAUGCAGACAUUCGGGUGGUGGACUUUGGAAGUGCAACCUUUGAUUAUGAACAUCACAGCACUAUUGUGUCGACAAGACAUUACAGAGCGCCAGAGGUCCUCUUGGAGCUUGGAUGGUCGCAGCCUUGUGAUGUCUGGAGCAUCGGAUGCAUUGUUUUUGAGUUCUAUUUGGGGUUCACCUUGUUCCAGACUCAUGACAACAGAGAGCACUUGGCCAUGAUGGAGAGGACCUUGGGUCUGAUUCCUUCUCGCAUGGUCAGAAGGACAAGGAAGCAGAAGUACUUCCACCAUGGUCAUCUGGAUUGGGAUGAAAACAGUUCUGCUGGAAAAUACGUGCGGGAAAAUUGCAAACCACUGAGGAGAUACGUAGUGUGCGAUGAUGCCCAGCACCACCAGCUCUUUGACCUGAUUGAGAAGAUGCUGCAGUAUGAGCCGUCAAAGCGCAUCACGCUGGGGGAAGCUCUUAAGCACCCUUUUUUUGACCUGCUCGCACAGGAUCAGCGCUCAGCUGUGCGGCGAGACACUCCGAGAGACCUGAGCAGAUGAUGUGAAGCCACGACUCGCUAAUGGACACCCACACCUUGUCACACAGAGGCAUUUUAGGGUUACAAGUGUGGUCCAUUUUUAUUGGAAUUCCUGACAGUAACAUGUUUUGUCUUUUACAUGAUGGUGCUUGGUCUGGUUAGAUGGAUUACCUUCCUUGUUUCUGUAUUUUGCAUCAGUGUUAUGUCACAAAAUAGCCUUUGCUGCUGGGUUUUUUUUGCCCCAGAUUCCUUUAUUUAGCCGGUGACAAAAGCUAUUUUUAACACUGCUUGUCGUGAAAUGAAGCUUUUGCCAUUCUAUUUAUUCAAGCUAUGAAAUACCAGUUCAGAUUUUUUUUCGGAUCAUGUAAAUAACAUACUAGCUUAAUUACGUUUGGGUAAAAAAACCUUUUUUACAUAAAUGUAAAAUGAACCCAGCAAUAAUUGGUGUAAGUUCAGAAGAUAAAUGUAAUUUUUUUGUUAUCUACAAAUUUAGGCUGGAGGAGCUGAGUUAUUUAUGUGUGCCUUGUUGGGCCAUUUAUAUGUCAUUCUCAUAGUUUAAAUGUGAGCUCUGCACAUAUGUACUUUUAUAUUAAACGCAGAUAUACAGUU